AAAACGCGAGGUGCGUGCAGGUGUGUGACACAGAUCCGUGCCGCGCGUCUCUGAUGAAACGUCCUCUCUGCUCCCCGUGGACUCCACUCUCCUGGAAACUCUUCCAGAAGUUUCUUUUGGAAUAUCAGAACCGCGCGUUUCUUCAGCGUUCCCUUACACCUAUGUGUGCGGGGAGCCCCGAGGCUUUCUGGGAUAGCAGAGCUGCGAGAAUUUGGAGGAUUUAUCGUUGCCCCUGACAACGAUGUGGCGGUGGUCAGUAAUUGCCCUGGCUCUGUUUAGCAUUGCCGAUCAGGGGUCCGCAAAUAAGCCAGUGUACUUCCAGUCCAGGGACUUUAAUCACACACUGCUGUGGAGAGCAGUGCGCAACAGCACGGAGCAGCCAGCGCUCUACAGCGUCCAGCACAAAAUUUAUGGGGAAGACGACUGGACGGACAAGAAGGAGUGUCAGAAUAUCACGACCCGGUCAUGUGACCUAACGACUGAGAUGAGUGACAUACGGAAUUACUACUACGCCAGAGUCACAACCAACGGUGACGUGCUGGACCAAUCGCCCCGCUUUCAGCCGCUGAGAGACACGGUCCUGAGUCCUCCCGUGGUGAGGGUAUUCCCCGGAGUGCGGUUGCUGAAGUUGGUAGUGAGCCUCCCCACCAUGCCAGAUCUGGUGUUUCCAGAACCUGUCAGUUACCAGGCCAACCUGACCUACCAUAACAGCACACAUAAGAUAAGUGUCAUAGAGAUGACAACGUCUUCAUCCGUGAUCCAGUUUGAGCGUCUGCAGAACGACACGGAGUACGAGGUGUCUGUGCGCUACGUUUUUCCAGUGAGGAAGCAGAGUGAAGUCUCUCAGCAAGCAGUGAAAACCCUCGCCAUUUCAGAACGCAAGGACCUGUACGCCAUCCCCGCCGCGCUAGCCCUCGCCAUCAUGCUGCUGGCCUUCCUGGUGUUCUGUCAGAUGUUCGUGAGCAGGAAGCCCCCUCUGCCCGUCUCGCUGGACCUGGAGGCGAAAUUCCCGGCAAGCAGCAACGUCAUUGCAGUGAUACACAUUCCCGAGGAGGAGAUCUCCGCCGCGGAGCCGUACACGCGUGUGAUAGACGUGUGCCCGGACGGGAAACCGCGGCCCGCGCCAAAGCCCCGCGGGGAUGACUCCUACGCCCCCCAGGACUGCGACCCCGACGACCAGUCCGGCCACUGCCAUUCCUACGCCAGCCAGCAGGGGGCGCGAGACGGCCGGUCUGCCAGCAUGCAGUCCUCCACCAUCUACAGCCAGGUGUUCGUCACGGCCCCGGGCAAGGGCGGGGCGGGAACCCCGAAAGCGGACGACCCCGCGCCUCCGGGCGCCGGCCUGCGUCCGGGGGAGGAGCCAGCCCGAGUCGAGGGGAGGUGCCGGCCCCACGCCCGGAACCUCGACCCGACUGCGGACGAGGGGGCCAGGACGCUCGUGGUGCCGGCCUCCAGGGGGGUCGGCGGCGCCCUGCAGCUCCUCUUCUCCUUCCAGCAGGAGAAGCAGGAGGAGGAGGAGGAGGAGGAGGAGGAGGGCCCGGGGGAGGCCGCCGGGGCGGACGCGUCCUCAGGUACCAGCUACCUGCCCAACGGGCCUCCGCCCACGGCCUACGCCAGCCAGCAGGCCUGGACGCCCGAGCCCCACCCGGGCUGGACCGUUCCCUCGGACGGACUCGGCCCCUCCGGGUAUAGGGGGAACGCACAGGAAGCGGAGGCCCUCCUGCCCCCCUCUCCGCAGGACGCGGACCCCACUACUAUGGGCGCGGGGGCUGGGGCGGUCCGGGGGUACCUCUCACAGGUGUUCUCAGAGGCCUGGGGGCUAUGGAUCCAGGAAUGA